UUACACAUUUUCUUUUAGACACGUUUAAUGCUUCCAAACAGUUUGCUGCAAUUAUAAAUCGCCCAUGUCUUGAGGUAUUUCAUUAUGAUGCGAUUUACUUUCUAUGUGUGAUUUGAUUGGACAGGAAUUUUUCUAAUCCCCAUAAACAAGAAAAAAAAAAAUAAAGUAGUGAUUGCAGGUUGAAGGAAAGUGAGGAGUAAAAGUAACAAAACUCAGGGUAUCUGCGGGAUCUUAAAAAGUCUUAAAAUGUCUUUAAUCUCAAAAGCUAAAUUUUAGGCCUUAAAAAGUCUUAAAUCUACUGAAAUGUUGUGCUGUAGGUCUUAAUUUUUUUUGUCUUUAAUUAUUUUUUUUCAAGUUUAGCCAUUCUGGCUAUUAAUCACCAACAAUACCAAUCUCAAUAAUAUGUUUAACUUUUAAUUAAAAAAUAAAUAGCAUGUAAUUACUUUUCCUACAGUAAUAUUUGCUUAAAAGUUCUCCAUUAUUUACUGCUGAGGAUACUGACCUGACCUACAUUUUUAUUAUUAUUAAAUUAUUAUUAUUUGACUGAAGUAAUUGACAGCUAUGCUUUGUUUUAUUCUUAGUAAGGGAUACAGGGUUUGCGUAUUUGUAAAUGAAUAAAAAUAUUCAAACAAAAUUCAUAUUAUUGUAUUAUUAAAUGUAUUACUUUGUAAUUAUUUUUGAUAGGCCAAGAGAAAAUCCUUAGCAUUAGCCCUGCAUAAGUCUAAAUUUUAAUUUAUAAUGAUCUUAAAAAUGUCUUGAAAAGUCUUAAAUUUAACUUGGUGAAACCUGCAGAAACCUUGAAUACUGAACUAAAAUAUACUCAAGACAAAGUAAAAGUAUACAUUAUAAAAACUACUUUGUAAAUUACAAUUUCUAAGGAAAAAACUACUCAAUUAUAGCAAUUUGAGCUAUAAUAAAUUUAUUUGUAAUUUGUUACUUCACACCACUAGUCUUUAGAUACACUUAUGCUGAGUUCAGACAGCAUGAUUUUAGCCCCUAUUUUGACUCACAAUGUGAAAGCCCCUGUCGCCGAUCCAUAUGGCAGUGUAAACAAAACGCUAGCCCAGAUAGUCAUGCAGUGUGAAAACAUCUGUGACACGACUACUUUGAAAAUCAUGCAGUCUGAACUCGGCAUUACACACUCUUACACAAGACUCUUACACAAGAAUAUUUGUUAAACUGACCCAAUCACAAACAGUCCUUUUGGUUUCAUUCUUCCCCUUGUCUAUGUGUUUAUACUGCCUCUGCAUGUUUGCUCUCUUUUAAACGUUGGAAUUUCCCCACUAGAAUGAAAGUGAAAGCAAAACUGAGAAAAACAGUCUCAAUGUGCGUCAGCCAAACAGACGAGAAGGGUGAAACAGACCGAGGACGACAACCGAGAAGAAAGCAAUGGAAACAAACACUUACAGGAUCAUGCGUCUCGACAUCCUUUUCUGUUUUCUGGUUUGGGCUGUGCUCAGCUGCUCAUGUGUUAGAGAUCGAGUGAAAUUUGGGCCCCUCUGCAGUGGAAACAAAGAUAACACGAAAAGAGGAUGUGAUGUAAACUAUGGUUGUGGACACUAUGGAGCCAGCCGUGGGAGCAGGAAACACAUGGGUCUGGACAUUGUGUGUACUGACGGAGCCUAUGUUUAUGCUCCAUUCGAUGUGAGGAUAAUCGGCAGAGCUAAACCAUAUGGAAAUAACAAUGCCAUUGAUGAUGGGAUAACCUUAAUGGGUGAAGGUCUCUGCUUCAAGCUCUUCUACGUACAGCCAGAUCUUUUGUCCGGGACCAAAUUUAAAUAUGAAAAGAUUGGAAGUCUUCUGCCCAUGCAGAAAGUUUAUCCUGGCAUCACUUCACAUGUUCAUGUUCAAAUGUGUGACAAGUCAGAUCCAACAGAGUACUUCUGAUGGAUCCCAUGACCAACUUCCACCAUCAAACUUCUGUUGCAUUCAACUAAACCAAACGUCAACUUUUUUUGCAUUUUGUGUCAUUUAUCAGAUUUAAUUCUUUAAACUUACAGAGUUUCAAACUCUUUGUACAGCACUUUGAAACAUAACAAUAAAGUCAUUUAAUCUAA